UUAUAUCAGGGGCGGACUGACAACUCAUGGGGCCCCCGGGCAAUAGGGGAUCAUGGGGCCCCUGUGUCCUUGCCCAAACUCAAAAAAGCCUAUGAAAAAGGUACCAGGGGCAUUUCAUGGGGCCCCCUACUGACCCCAGUGCCCGAGUUUCCAAAUGGUCAGUCCGCCCCUGGUUCUCAGUCUUCCCCUGCCAGUGACUCCAGUUGUCAGUCAGAUAGAUAGUUUGGGGACUCCUGCUUUAAAGAACAGACACAAUACAAUAUAUACAGACCCAGCAAUGAAUAUUUAGCGGGUCUGCACAGCAUCCAUC